CGACUCAAAAGGACGGUUCCUUCACGAAUCGGACACCGCUAAAGGACAAUGGAGUCGGAUGCGCCGGAGUCAAGUCGAGCCGCGAUCCUUCAACCUCGAAUGUGUACAGUUAGGAUUAGCCGGAGCUGUGAAACGGAUGACCGGAGGAACAUCAGUGUUAUAUGACCGCAGUGCGCUGUUUUCUGAUGACCAGCUCGCGCUUUCAAGUGUCAAUAGGAGAAGUUCCUGCUGUAAAGACCUAACGUACUGCUGUUUCGUCUCCUGGGCUUCCCCCUGAACAAUAAGGUCUUCAUGUGAUUUUUUUAUGGAGUAAUUUAUGGCACUGAACAUAUCAGGAGCUCCUUAUACAAUGUCUGAAGUCAGUAUAGGACGGAAAAAAGAAAAGUGUGAGAACUGCACUAAACAGUGCAACAAGAAACAGAGUGAUGAAGGAAUAAACUCACUGCAAGAGAAAGGUGUUGCCACUGGAGAGGUGGCAGAGUCUACCUCAGUUCAGCAGGUGUUGUUGAGUGCGUGUCUGGCCUGUGACGGCUGCGUAUCGGAGAAUGAAGGCCAGAGAAUUUCUCAGCAAAAUCUGGAUGAGCUCAACCACGUGCUUGCCCUCAAUAAGAAAUGUGACACUUCGAAGCACAAAAUUCUCAUGGUGUCCGUGUGUCCCCAGUCGCUGCCAUUUUUUGCUAUUAAAUUUCAGAUGGAUGUUCCAGCGGCUGCAAAGAAACUCUGUGGCUUCCUAAAGAGUGUGGGGGUUCAUUAUGUCUUUGACACUACAGUAGCUGCAAGUUUUAGCAUUUUAGAAAGCCAGAGAGAAUUUGUUCAGCGUUUCCGUCGUAAACUUCACGAUUCUAAUGCCAUGCCAAUGUUCACAUCCUCAUGUCCAGGAUGGAUUCGCUAUGCAGAGCGUGUUCUUGGUAGCCUGGUCACACCACACAUCUGCACCGCAAGAUCACCUCAACAGAUCAUGGGCUCCAUGGUCAAAGACUUUUUUGCAAGACAACAGAAGCUGACCCCAGAUCAGAUUUUCCAUGUGGUGGUGGCUCCCUGCUUUGAUAAGAAGCUUGAAGCUGUGAGAGAGGAAUUCUACAACAGCAUCCUAGAGACCAGAGAUGUCGACUGUGUGCUGACGUCAGGAGAGAUUCUCCACUUAAUGGAACAAAGCAAAGUUACUGUAGAGGAAGUGGACUCUGCUCCUUUGGAUCAUGUAUUUGGUGAGACCAGUGACCUAGGUGUGACCAGGCAUGAAGGUCGUGGAUCUGAAGGCUUCCUGGAGCACAUUUUCAAACAUGCAGCCAAAGAGCUGUUUGGCAUUGACGUCCAAGAGAUUGUGUACAAGACACUCAGGAAUCGAGACUUCCAGGAGGUGGCGCUAGAGCGUGAUGGAGAGACUCUCCUGCAGUUUGCUGCAGUUUAUGGCUUCCGGAACAUUCAGACUUUAGUGCACAGAAUGAGGAAAGGCAAAGUGCCCUACCAGCUAGUAGAGGUGCUUUCCUGCCCCGGAGGCUGUUUAAGUGGACGAGGACAAGCUGAGGGAGAGGGAGGUCGUCCUGACCGGCCUUUGGUCCAGCAAAUGGAAGAACACUAUAGCAGCUUACCUGUCCGACUGCCUGAAGCCAACCCAGAGGUCCAGCGCCUCUACCAGGACUGGCUGGACGGCCACGACUCCCUACAUGUGCAGCAAUGCCUCCACACUCAGUACAAGAACCACUCGCAGCCGCCCUCUCAUAUACCAAAUUCUGAUAUGCAGUGGUGAUUGGAAAUCAUCACUGUAUUCCCACAUAUCUGGAACCAAGCUUGGCAUUAAAAGCACCAAUCAAGACUGACUGUUUGAUGCCAUCUUGGGCUCACAUGGACUGCAAUGUGUCUGCAGUAAAAAAAAAUAAAUUGAAUAGAGGACCAAAUAGGCUUCCUGUUCUAUGCAGUGAAUCAGACUCUGCUUUACUAAUGAGAAGAUUUGCAUUCGGUAACUAGUUUGUUACACCUAAAUGAUGUCAUGCAUGGUGGGACAACCAGCCUUGUUAUUAAAAGGACAGUAGCAAUAAUACAAGGCAAAAAGCCCUGAGUAUUAUUGCUAUUAAUGACUGAACCCUGCACUGAAAGAAAUAUUGAUGGCAUUUUGUGUAUGACUAUAACUACGAAACAACUGUAAAAAGUCCAAAACUAAUACAUAUUGGUGCAAUUCAUUAAUUAAAGAAUACCAACCAUUAA